AAUCCUUUUUGAAAGUGACGGAAUUUUUCUCAAGCGUCGCUCGGGUCUCUGCAAAUCUCUUAGAGAGAGAUUGAUUCGUUGUCGUUUUGGGUUUUCUUUUCACAAAGAAGGUUACGAUGAAUGGAAGAGAAGGAGAAGAAUGUGUGAAAAAGGAGGAAUGCAAAGAAGCAGUGGUGUAUAUGUGGGGGUAUAUACCGGGGGCUUCGCCGGAGAAAUCUCCGAUUCUUUCUCCGUCUCCAGUACGGCUUCCGGAUCCGUCUGGCGGUGAAGAUUCGUGGAAGGAUGUUUGCGGUGGUGGUUGUGGUUUCGCCAUGGCCAUCUCAGAGUCCGGGAAGCUCAUAACGUGGGGCUCGACAGAUGAUGAGGGUCAAAGCCAUUUGACUUCAGGGAAGCAUGGGGAAACUCCCGAGCCUUUUCCUCUUCCAACUGAGGCUUCAGUGCUGAAGGCAGCUGCUGGAUGGGCCCAUUGUGUUUCAGUCACAGAGAGAGGUGAAGUAUACACAUGGGGCUGGAAGGAGUGCAUUCCCUCUGAAAAGAUUUUGUGUGACUUGGUUAUCAGGGGAAAUUUCCAAAAGGAUACACCUGAGAAACAAAUUUCAUUAGUAAAUGACCAAGUGAGCGCAAAGAAUCAAGGCUCAAAUUUGACUGGUGGGGCAAUAUCUCUCGUUGAUGACAAAAGGAUGGGAGAUGAAACUGUGAAGCGAAGGAAAUUAUCGCCAGCUAAGCAAGAAUCUGAGAGCUCAACAACUGGGGAUGAUUACUUCACAAUAUCACCUUGUCUGGUAAAUUUGGGUGCUGGAGUGAGGAUAACAGCUGUCGCUGCUGGUGGGCGCCAUACGUUAAUACUGUCAGAUAUGGGACAGGUGUGGGGUUGGGGCUAUGGAGGCGAAGGGCAGCUAGGUUUGGGUAAUCGGGUAAAGACGGUGGCUUCUCCUCACGUCAUACCUUGCAUUGAGCCAUCUCCUUCAGGGGAAGGAAGCGUGAGUUCACCAACAGAAGUUUCUAAAGCUCUCGGAAGUUACGUGAAAGCAAUUGCUUGUGGAGGCCGGCACAGUGCAGUAAUAACAGAUGCUGGAGCACUACUUACAUUUGGCUGGGGACUUUACGGACAGUGUGGGCAAGGGAGUACAAAUGACCAACUAAGGCCAACUUGUGUGUCUUCCUUAUCGGGUACGCAAGUGGAAAGAGUUGCUGCUGGACUUUGGCAUACCGUAUGCAUCACUAUUGAAGGCUGUGUGUACGCUUUUGGUGGGAACCAAUUUGGACAGUUGGGAACAGGUGCCGACGAGGCUGAGCAUCUACCUAGGCUUUUGGAUGCUCCGAGUCUCAAGAGCAAGCAUGCCAAAUUUGUAUCUUGUGGGGCUCGUCACAGUGCCGUACUAACAGAGGACGGCCAACUAUUCAGCUGGGGAUGGAACAAGUACGGCCAGCUCGGCCUGGGAGAUUCCGGCAACCGAAACGUACCUUGUCAAGUUUCAAUUGAUGGUUGUCUGCCAAAAAAUGUUGCAUGCGGCUGGUGGCACACGCUACUGCUGGCCGAAAGACCCCUUUGAGCUGACAGUUUUUGUUAGGAUAGCAAGUCGGUGUUCUUAACUACUAAAUAGGGUUCUUUUUAUAAUGUAUGAUGUACGUACAUAAAGGUCUUGUCAUGCAUGCACGUUUGCACGUUUUCAUUCUUUUAGGGGGUAGUCCAACGUUAACAGAACACAAAGAAGUGCAUGAUGUUGUACACAAACAAUAAAUGAUAAAUCCUUGUAGUUGUAGUAGUGUUCGUUA